ACUCUGUUGCCUGGGCAACAAUAUCAAUUAUCACUUGUCUGUAAAAAAUGAUGAAGGCAUGGCUUUACAAGGAGUACGGAUCUGUAGACGUCCUGCAAUUUGGGGAAAUCCCAAUUCCAAGUGCAGGGUCUGGGCAGGUUUUGAUUAAAGUUCGCGCAGCUGCUCUUAAUCCUGUGGAUUUCAAGUUACGCCGAUCACGCAGCGGGGAUACCCCGUUUCCUGUGGUGCCCGGCGCUGACGUGGCAGGAGUGGUUGCCGAGGUGGGGCAAGGCGUGUCCAAGUUUAAAAAGGGUGACGUAGUUUACGGUAACAUUCUGAAAAUUACAGAGGGAAAACCUAGGCAGGUGGGUACUCUGGCGGAGUACACGGUGGCGGAAGAGCAUGUGUUGGCAUUGCAGCCCAGCAAUUUGUCUUUUGAGGAAGCCGCCAGUUUGCCCCUUGCGCUCCAAACUGCGCUGCAGGCGUUCGAUACAGUUGGUUUUCAGAAGGGGCAGAGCGUGUUUAUUGUGGGAGGCGCAGGCGGCGUGGGUAGCCUGGCAAUCCAGCUGGCAAAGCAUGUUUUCGAAGCUUCUAGAAUCGUUUCGACUUGCAGCACGGGGAAAGUGGAGUUUGUGAGAAGCCUGGGGACAGAUCUGGUGGUGGAUUACACCAAACAGAGCUACGAUCAAGUGGAUGAGAAAUUCGAUUUCGUUUUCGACACCAUAGGCGAAUCGUUCAAGUCUCAUGUGGUUGCAAAGGAGGGGGGUAAAAUUGUGGACAUUGCAUCAUUUCCCCCGCAUUCGAGUGCAGUGAGCAUGAUUGUGAAACCCCAAGGCAGCAAUCUGGAAAGGCUGGGAAAAUACAUACGGAGCGGUAAACUGAAACCUGUGAUCGAUCCGAAAAGCCCCUACGCUUUUUCUGAUGUUGUGGAGGCAUUCAAACACCUGGAGAGCGGGCGAGCGAGAGGAAAGAUUGUGAUUUCCCCCAUUGAAUGAAUGUACAUAAGCUGCGUGUCUGUAUUGAUGCACUUGCGCCUAGCUACUCAGAGUGCAACGCUUGUGUGGAUAUUUAAUUAGGACGGAUUGUAAAUUCAAGUUUGACUAUGAUAGCAUCCUUGGACAAUAAUAAAUUGGGAUCCAUGAGUAUAUGAAGAAGACUAUACAUUGGAAUAUCUUUAAUUUAAGGUGGGUGUUUGUCUUCUACCGUUCUUUUAGGAGGGAUCAAUCGUUACAUUAAAUAAUAUCUGUU